AUGGAUGUAGACGGCACGAAGGAACCGACAGUGCGUGCGCUGUGCGAGGACAGUUGCGCAGAACGCGUGCUGAUGCACCGUGGGAAACACAGUCGUUUUUACCGUUUGUAUUGGGGAAAGCGAGACGUCUGGCUCGGACUCAAGGAGGAGGAGUGCCUUGACCCCAUUGCCACGUGGCGCAACUUGACAACAAUACAAGACUUCAAUUCGGAGUUUAUUUUACACCAUUACAAUAUUUGCCCUGACACCCAGCGUGAUACACUGCUGAGACUAUUAACCGAGUUGAUGGACUACGCCCUCAGCGAUGUGAUUCACUGUCGUCGUGGCCGCGGCCAUCUGACAGAAAACCAAACGAAGGCUAUAGCUUUUCUAACAUUGCAUGCGCUGGUGGACCUUCAUGACGGGAUUGGCAUGGUGCACGCUGACAUAAGUCCUUCAAACAUUUUAUUGCGAGCCACGGGAGACCUGAAGCUUGGUGAUUUAUCUAGUGCGAUGCCUGUGAAUGCUGCGGUAAACUACUUUGCCGGCACAGUUCUGUAUACCGCCGUUGAAGUGUUGAAGGACCGGCAGUUGGCUUCUAAGCCUGGCAGCGAUAUAUGGGCCCUUGGUGUGACACUGCAUGAAUGUGUUAAUGGCAGACAUCCAUUUGCUGAUACCUCCAAUGAUAAUUUCUGGGAGUUUUUGUCGCUAAUGGAAACGGCAAGGCAAGCAGAACGCCAACCUGUGUGUUCGCCAGGUUUAAGCCAAGAAUUUCAUGACAUUCUGUGUGCCAUGCUUCGCUGGGACAUCACUCAGCGGCCUAGCGCACGCUCGCUGUUGGAGCAUAUAUGGUUCUCCCAAUACAGUGUCACUAGUGCCCAUCAGGAAUUAUGUUUUAUGGCUUAUUGA